AUGAAAUUGUUUCUGCACUUUAAGCAUCCCUCUGGCGAGGAUCAUCUUGAGCCGUCGACGUCAAACGCCUCCAACAGUCGAAAGUUCCUUGGGUUCCAUAUCGGGAAGCAUGAUCUGUCCGAUUCAUUGACAUCGCCAACGUUGACCAAUUCGUCAUCCGAUGCCCACCAACAUCAGCACCAACAGUACCAGCAACAUCCUCAUGAGGUUAAUUCACCUGCUACGCAGACCCAGUCACAUAACCAGGCAGGCUCGCAGCUGUUCGGCGCAGAAAAGGGAACUGGAGCACUCCAUAACUCGCUUCCAAGCUCGCUGUCCAUUGCCAGCGGUAACCCUAAACCUAGCAUCCAUUCUCCAGUCCCAGUGAGCCAAGUCUACCCGGACGAGAACCACACCUUUAUGAAAUCGAACUCGAUGGUUGAGUUGAAGAGGUUUUUCAAACCCACGAAGAAGAAUUCGAUAUCUAGAAAGCAGAAUGAGGGCCAAUAUACCAAGAAUAUACACUCACCUCCUCCUUUGGCCAACGGAACCGCUGCCGCUGCCGGAGCUGCUGGAAUAGCUCCUGGAGUUACAGGAUCUCCGGGGUCCAACCUCGGAGCACUAUCUUCAGCUGGAAACAGCAGCACGCACCUUGCACUUCACAAUCGAGAACAGUCUUCCACUUCCUUGGCAAACCUUAUCAACCAGACUUCAUCACAGUUACUUCAUAAUGCAUCUCACAGCAACGGCAGCUCAUCGACUAAGGACCCCUUCACAGAUGACGAUUCUCCUUUGGUUAAGAAAUACGGGAAAUUGGAGAAAGAGUUGGGUAGCGGUGCUGGUGGAUCUGUUAGGUUAAUCAUUAGACCAUCCGAUCAGAAAACUUUCGCCGUGAAAGAAUUCAGACCAAGAAGAAACACUGAAUCGUUAAAGGACUACACCAGAAAAUGUACUGCGGAAUACUGUAUUGGGUCCACUUUAAAGCAUGCCAAUAUCAUCAAGACUAUUGAUAUAAUCCAUGAGAAUAAUCGUUAUUUCGAAAUCAUGGAGUACGCACCAAUAGACUUCUUUGCUGUGGUUAUGAGUGGAGAGAUGUCCAGACAAGAAAUAAACUGUUGUCUAAAGCAGAUUUUGGAAGGAGUGAGCUAUUUGCAUAGCCUUGGGUUGGCCCACAGAGACUUGAAAUUGGAUAACUGUGUUUUAACCACCGAUGGGAUCUUAAAAAUUAUUGAUUUUGGUAGUGCGGUGAUAUUCAAGUAUCCAUUCGAUCAGUAUGGUGGGAAGGAGAAUAUUCAUUUAAGUCAUGGUAUUGUCGGAUCAGAUCCAUAUUUGGCGCCUGAGGUGUUGAAAAACCCCAAUAGCUAUAAUCCACUGCCUGUGGAUCUAUGGUCCAUUGCUAUAAUAUAUUGUUGUAUGACAUUGAAGAGAUUCCCAUGGAAAAUCCCUAAUGCCGAGAAGGAUAAUAGUUUUAAAUUAUUUUCCAUGGAAGAUGAUAACUGGCAUGAUUAUAAUUUGAGUAAUGAAUGUCAUAAGUUGUUGCUACAACAGAGGAAAUUGAAAAAUUUGAUCGUUAGACUGAACAAAAAGAGGAAAAUGUUAGAAGAAGAAGGUGCCAAUGGUACAGGGGAAGCUUCUGAGGGUACUGAAGAGGAAGAAUCUAAGGGUGGAAACCAUCCAGUGGAAGCAUCGGAAGGUGGGGACCAGGAGGCCACAGAACCGGAUGGAAAUGAAGGUAAAGCUGUCAACAUGAAGGAAAAGCAAAGCUUGGCAAGUCUUGAACAGCUUAGCGAUGAGCAGAUUCAUGAUAUCACAUUGCAACUUGCAGCAAUUGACGCCAAGCUUGAUGACUAUGAAAACAUUAAGACUGAGAUGAAAGCAAAAUUCAGCGAACAGAAGAAGCAGCAAUUGCAUUCAGUUCCGCAAAGUCCAUCAGGCGGUGAAGACAAUGCUAAUCCUGGAGAUAAGAAAAAGAGCUCUCAUCAUAAGCAAAUCCAUGGACCAUAUAGGUUGAUGAGAUUAUUACCACAUGCCUCCAGACCAGUCAUAUUCAAGAUGCUUCAGAUUGAUCCCAGGAAGAGAGCUACCAUGGAAGAAAUCAUGCUGGAUGAAUGGAUCAAGGAUAUUAAGAGUUGUACAAUAAGGAAGGGUGGCAAUGGGAUUGGUUUAAAUGGAGAACUAGAUGGAGAAACUGAAGAAGAAGAGAUUGUUGAGCAUGGAAGUCCACCACACAAGCAUACGAUUGUCAACGACAAUGCUGCAGAAGAAGCAGAAUAG